AUGAUUAGUGGGUAUGUGGCUAAUGGUUUUUCCGAGAAGGGAGUUGAACUUUUCAAGGAGAUGUUAUAUUUGGGAGUUAAUAUGGAUUUUGCUACAAUGGUUAGUGUUCUUCAAGCUUGUGCAAAUUAUGGUGAUGUUUCAUUGGGUAGAGUAGUUCAUGGUUUUGGAGUGAAGGCCUUGGCCCGAACUAAUGGUUCCAUAACCCAAUUACAAACGGAUAGAGAAAAAUUAUGGGCGGAAUCAACUUUUGAUAACAAAGCGAGAAUCAAGAACAAUAUGUGCAUAAGAAAUGUUGUUAUAAAUUUGGGAUAUGGUGUGGUUAACUAUGCAUUUACACUCUUACAUUGCACGGAUUCAAUGUGUAAUAUACACACUACGAAACCACUUGAACCCAAUAAUUGUCUCUCUGUUUUAGGACUAAUGGAGAAACAAUCUUUGCUCCGUAAGGAUCCUGUCUUCAGUGUCGAGGCUCUGGCAUUGAUCAAAAGAGCUUUGAUAUUGUCAGGCUUAAUCAUGAAAACAAAAGAAGCCAAUGCACCUGCAAAGCCCAGAAACCUCAUGGUCAAGCAUGAAAGAAAAGAAGCGACUGCUCCUACAAAACCAAGAAACCGAGGCUGA